UGGACGGAGAGAGGCAUCCAGAAGCAGAAGCAAAGCUCACACAAAGUCACAAGAAUGAUGAACCCAAAGAGCCGUGUCCAAGAGUGGGUGGCCGACCACAUCGAGCUCAUCCCGGGGAUGCCCGACGACGUCGCCGUCGACUGCCUGGCGCGCGUCCCGCACGGGUCCUACCGCUCGAUGCGCCGCGUGUGCCGCGGCUGGCGGAGCGCCGCCGCCGCCCCGGAGUUCGCCCUGGCGCGCGCCGAGGCCGGUGCCAACGAGGAUCUGGUCUUUCUCAUGCAGUUUGGCAACCCGGUGGCCGGGGACGACGGGGCGCCCGAGAACACCCCGGCGUACGGCGUGGCCGUGUACAACGUCACCACCGGGGAGUGGCACCGCGAGAGCUCGGCGCCGCCGGUGCCGAUGUUCGCCCAGUGCGCGGCCGUGGGCACCCGCGUCGCCGUGAUGGGCGGCUGGGACCCCAAGACCUUCGAGCCCGUGGCGGACGUCAACGUGCUGGACGCCGCCACCGGCGUCUGGCGCCGCGGCGCGCCGAUGCGGUCCGCGCGGUCCUUCUUCGCCUGCGCCGAGGCCGGGGGCAAGAUCUAUGUCGCCGGCGGCCAUGACAAGCUCAAGAACGCGCUAAAGACGGCCGAGGCGUACGACGCGGAGGCCGACGGCUGGGACCCGCUCCCGGACAUGUCGGAGGAGCGCGACGAGUGCGACGGCAUGGCCACCGUCGCCGGCGACCGGUUCCUGGCCGUGAGCGGGUACCGCACGGGGCGUCAGGGAGGAUUCGAGCGGGACGCCGAGUGGUUCGACCCGGCGACACGCGAGUGGCGCCGCUUGGAGCGCGUGCGCGCACCGCCUUCGGCGGCUCACGUGGUGGUGCGCGGGCGGGUGUGGUGCAUCGAGGGCACGGCCGUGAUGGAGUGGCGCGGGGAGCGCCGUGGCUGGCUCGAGGUGGGCCCUUACCCGCCUGGUCUGAAGGCCGGCACGGCGCGCGCGGUCGCCGUCGGCGGCGGCGAGCGCGUGGUGGUGACCGGCGCCAUCGAGUCCGAGGGAGGCGGCGGCGGGCACGCGCUGUGGGUGUUCGACGUCAAGUCCAAGAACUGGACCGUGGUGCGCCCUCCGCCGCAGUUCGCCGGCUUCGUCUUCUCCCUGGCCUCCGUCCGCGUGUGAUGAGAACCCUCCCCGGCGCCGCUCCCGACCAAGAAGACUACUACUACUACUAGCGAGUAUGUAUGCAUGUUCUUGAGUUGCAGUGCUUCUGCCAUUGAUGGAACUGAGAUCCGCGAUCUCAUCGCCUGAGAUCUGCGCAUCCCGGAUGAAUCAUCGCCAGGAAAAAAGAAGAAAAAAAACAGGAGGCAUCAAUCAUCGCCAAGAAGAAAACAACAAAAAUAACUAGAGGAUUGUAGCUUGUCCUGUCAGAUCUGUGCGCUCUAGUCACCAUGGUUGUGAACUCUCCUCCCUCCCCUCUUCUGCUGUUGAGACAGCCUGCCAUUUCUGUUGUUGAGACAGCGUGGUGUUUUGGUUCUACAGUAUGAUAUUAGCAAUGAGUCGCUGUACAUAUUAUUGUGAGUUGGAAGAUCAUAUCAUGUGGUUUCUCCAUA